CACCAAUCAUAGAGCUCUAUACUCCAGGUCGGCGUCAAACACGCCGAUGAAGACAUGCCCUCGAUCGUGAAUUGCGGCAACCGGAUCGCGUACCCUCAUCAUCGGGGACAGGCAUCAUGAUUGUGAUCUCGUGGCCAGAAAUCAUGAGAGGCGGCGAAAAAGCUGCAAAUCUUGCCGACGAGUUGUGAUAUCUACCUCAGACGUCUCGCUCUCGCCGAACUUAGCUGUUCAUAUUGUUCCCAUGUGCUUUCUGUCAAAAUGCCUAAGAAUUCACCCCGUGGUUCGGAAGCAAAGCCCGACUCCGCACCCGUGGAGGAAGCUGUUGUACCCGGUUUUGAAUCAAAACCGUUAAUACAGCAGCUGCGAGAAUGGAGGGCUGCUCAGAAGGCUGCCAAAGAAGAAGGCCUGCCGCGCGCGUCGGUAAAAAACUUUUUCAGAGUUCUAUCAUUUGGAGACCGAUUAGAUACCGUAAUGAUGUUAUUGUGUGGGGUUACAUCUCUCGCGGCAGGCGUGUCAAUGCCAUUGAUGUUCUUGAUCCUGGGCAAAUUAGUCAAUAACUUCACAGGCUAUUUCAUUCCAGGAAGUGGCGUUACAAAGUCUGAGUUUAUGCAGUCUGUGAGCAAGAACUCUCUCAUCAUCUUCGGGUUGUUUUGGGCGAGAUUCAUCUUCUCGUACAUCUCAAUGUAUUGCAUCCGAGUUAGCGGUCUUCGAAUUUCUGCUGCGUUGCGAUUGGCAUACAUAAAAGCGCUCUUCACCCAGCCUCAGGCCGUAGUGGACGCUGUUCCGCCAGGUGUGAUCGCAAGUCGCAUCACUGCGUCGAGCAACAUCAUACAAAUGGGUAUCUCUCAACAAUUCGCAAUCUUUCUCCAAGCGAUCUCACUGUUGAUCGGUGCCUACAUUGUCGCGUUCACCAAGGCCUGGCUCCUCACGCUGGUAGCUAGUGCUUCUCUGCCAGCCAUUAUGAUACUCUACGUCGUGGUUCUUCCCUAUGCUGUUGAAGCUUUUGUCGAAUCUACGCGUUGGGGGGAACAAGCCUCAGCGUUGUCUUUCGAGAUAUUCACGUCGAUUAGGAUCGUGGCUGCAUUCUGUGCGGAGAAUCGCUUGAGUGCAAAGCAUAAGAACUUCCUACAAAAAAAGUACAAGAACGACAAAAAACUUGGUCCACUACUUGGUCUGGCAUUUGCUCCCCCAACAUUUGCAAUGUUCUCCACAUUUGCUCUGACCUUCUAUUUUGGAGUGCAACAAUAUAUUCAUGGGCGUAUUGGCAGCAUUGGUGACAUCAUCGUAGUUCUGUUUAGCGUAAUGAUGGGGGUUAUGGCUUUCAGUCAAAUUAUCGGACCUCUAGUUCAGAUGGCGCGAGUAGCUUCUGCUGCCGCCGAUAUACUCGCAACACUGGAUAUCGACUUUCCGGAUAUGACUGGCCUGAAGGAACCCCAGGUUUCUUCGGAAAACGACAUACAUUUCGAUUCCGUCUCUUUUGCUUAUCCUUCCCGCAGAGAUGUCCAGGUUCUAGACAAUGUUAGUAUGACUUUCGAGACUCGAAGGACGACAGCUAUCGUUGGACCGUCCGGAAGCGGAAAAAGCACGGUGGUCGGCUUGCUUGAAAGGUGGUAUAGUCUUGAUGAUUAUCAAGUACCAAAACAAUUGAAGCCGAGGGAGACGAAGCAAGAAAAUCAAAUUGUUGCCAACACGACGCAGGAGCUUGUCCGACAAACAGUAGUACGAUAUGCUGAUCCUACAACAUCGUUCAGUCGACCAAAGUCAUCGAGAAGUACGAAUGUCACCAUCCGCGAGCUAAGGAGAAUAUCUUCAGUACGCAAUUCUCAAAAUCCUAUAGAACGUGGUUUUGUUUCGAAAAUAUAUUCAAGCAACCCUAUCGAACAAGGGUUUAUCUUCCGGAAAGCGCGAGGAUAUGACGUUGAAGAUGUGGAUUAUCACGCGAGUUCAGAUGGGGUUGAGGUUGUAGAAAAGCAAGGCGAUGUUGGAGUGACUAGUAUUGUAGAAAGGCUAUCUGGAACUGAGGGUCCUGCAAGAGCAGAGAGACCGCGCAUUGGAGGCAGAAUUCUGAUUGGGAAUGUUGAUUUGGCUACGAUUGACGCCAAAUGGUGGAGAUCACAAAUUGGCCUCGUUCAACAGGAGCCGUUUUUGUUUAAUGACACCAUCUACACCAAUGUCGCCUAUGGUCUAUGCGGAACGAGGUACGAGAAUAUUCCCGAAGAGGAGAAGGAUCGGAUGGUGGAGGAAGCUUGUCGGCUGGCAUUUGCAGACGAGUUUAUUGCGCGGCUUCCCCAUGGUUAUAAGACCAACGUCGGUGAGUCUGGUAUAAAACUGAGCGGUGGCCAACGGCAACGCAUUGCUAUAGCGCGAGCAAUUGUUAAGAAGCCAUCCAUACUCAUUCUUGACGAAGCUACCAGCGCCAUUGACGUUCGAACAGAGAAGAUUGUACAAGCUGCACUUGACCGGGCAUCGGAAGGUCGAACCACCAUCGUCAUUGCGCAUCGUCUAGCAACUAUCAAAAAGGCGGACAAGAUCAUUGUGCUCCGCAAAGGACAAGUAAUGGAGGAAGGAACGCACACGCAGCUACUGAAGAAAGAAGAUGGCAUUUAUCGCGGCUUAGUUCGUGCUCAAAACAUAGCCAUGGGAGUUGAAUAUGAUCGCAACGAGGAAGAUGACUCAGAGGAGGAGCACAUACAGUUGAUCAAAACUAAAUCCCUUACAAGAACUGGUGAAGCGACUGGCUCCGAUGGAAUCAUGACUGAAGAUGGCCUUUUGUCAGGCUAUCGCCGCGUUGGUUUCAUGAAGGGUUUUGGGCAAAUCCUUCUUGAACAAAAACAAUUCUGGCCACAGUACACUCUCACUAUAGCCGGUUGCUGCGCUGCUGGUGCAGCCUUUCCUCUUCAGGCCUUCAUCUUCGCUCAGCUCGUCAAUGCUUUCACUCUGCUCGACCUGAAGAAACUGGAAGACACAGCAAACCAUUGGGCUUUGAUGUUUUUUAUUCUGGCCUCUGCGUUGCUGAUAGUCUAUUUCGUUCUUGCAUGGUCUACGCAUUGGAUCGGCGCAACGGUUACCAAAAAUUAUCGACAGGAAUAUUUGGAGAAUAUUUUGCGGAAAAGGAUUGUGUUUUUCGAUGCUGAGGGCAAUUCGCCAGGAAGCAUCGCAUCUCGCCUCUCCUCUGAUCCAGAACAGAUCGAGAUGGUUUUAGGCGCACAAAUGAGCAUGGCUUAUGUUUCGGUUUUCAACUUGAUCGGAUCUCUUGCCAUUUCAUUCUAUUAUGGAUGGAAGCUCUCGCUUGUGGGAACAUGCAUCAUUCUACCACUUACUCUUGGCGCUGGCUUUGUUCGAGUACGCCUUGAGUUGAAGUUUGAAGACAUGAACGCGAAAGUAUUCGCAGCUAGCUCGCAAUUCGCCGUAGAAGCCGUGGGUGCGUUCAGGACCGUCACUUCUCUGAUAUUGGAAUCUACUAUCACAGAUCGUUAUGACAAGCUAAUGACGGAGCAUGUUAGAAAAGCGACGAUCAGGUCACUUGCAUGGACUUUGGCUUUUGCUCUUAGCAACAGCGUUGACAUGGCUUGUCAGGCUUUCAUGCUGUGGUAUGGGGGCACUUUGCUAGCUAGCAGAGAGUAUGGUCUCGUUCAGUAUUUUGUUAUAUUCCAAGCCAUUGUGCAGGGCGGAAUGGCAGCAGGCAUAUGGUUUUCUUUCGCACCAAAUAUUGCAAACGCAACGGCCGGCCUGAACCGAAUUCUCAGCUCGCGGGUUUCGACGCCCGAGAUCGAGCAUGAAGUCAAGUUUCUGCUGCCCCCCGAGGAAAACCCGGAUAUUCAUUUCAAUGACGUGCAUUUCAGCUACAAGAGUCGUAACCUGAAGGUUCUGACGGGGCUCAACCUUGAGAUCCAACCUGGUCAAUUCGUCGCUUUGGUCGGCGCAACCGGAUGUGGAAAGUCGACCACCAUAAGUUUGCUCGAGCGGUUUUAUGAUACUGACGAAGGUGCUGUCAUGUACGGCUCACAAGAUAUCAAGGACUUAAAUGUGCCAGCGUACCGAGCAAACAUGUCUCUCGUUGCUCAAGAGUCCACCUUAUACGAAGGAUCGAUUCGUGAAAACGUGUGCCUAUCGGUUGACAUGACCGAAGCUACCGAGGGACGGAUGUACGAAGCAUGCAAAGCCGCUCAGAUACAUGACUUCAUCGUCUCCCUGCCGGAAGGAUAUAGUACAUAUCUUGGCCCGAAAGGUGUGUCUCUAAGUGGUGGCCAACGUCAACGUCUGGCUUUGGCUAGAGCACUGAUGCGAGAUCCUCAUGUCCUCCUCCUCGAUGAAGCCACGUCCAGUCUCGACUCUGAAUCAGAGAAGCUUGUGCAAGAAGCCAUCGAAAAAGCAGCGGGAGAUGGAAAAAGGACCAUCAUCGCAGUUGCUCAUCGCCUAGCGACGAUACAGAAGGCCGACAUCAUUUACGUGCUGGGUUCUGGAAAGGUCUUGGAGCGAGGGAAUCACCAGGAACUGCUCAAAGCUCGUGGGGUUUAUUUCUCCAUGUGCCAAGCGCAAGCUCUUGAUAGGUAAACGAGUUGGGAACUAUUUAUGUUAUUUUCUGUCUGUCUAGCAUCAUACAUCAAGACUAUGGUAUUGUUCUACUUGCGUUCUGUACGCCAUAAUUUUAACAUUAUGUAC